AUGAGCGACGAGAAUUUCAUGCAGGAGGAGGAGGAAAGGAUGCGAGACAAGCUGGUGGAAGAGCAGGAGGAGAAGAUUGGCGUCAACGGGACCCAUCAGGUCGAGCAGACUUUUGAAUUCAGAAGGAAACUAAGCGUGAUGAAGGAAAGAGAGUUGGAGGAGAUGGAGAGAAAGCACGUUGAGAUCCUCUCUGCCCUCCAGCAUGAGAACGAUAUGCUCCGCAAUCAGGUCAAAGAUCAGUCGAACAUCGCCAAGCAGCUAGAGAACCAGGUUCAAGAGCUGAAACUGUCCAUAUCGUACUCGGUUUCAUUGGACGCGCUGAGAGAGUAUGAAGAGCUCAUUGCAAACGAGAGGGUGAACAGCUGGCUCAUGACUCUGAAUAACAUCGCAAAACAUUGGACACGGUUGAACACCUCGCGAUGCUUCUGGUUUUGGUUCAACCACGCGAUGUGGAAAAAACGCAACCUGUGGUGUGUUCGACGAGUGUCAAGGGCCCGUCUUCACGCGUGGCUGAGGAAGUUCAAGAAUGUCAUGACGAUGAAGAGAGUUGUGAAAUCUGAUACCCGCAAGGCCCAAUGGCUGAAAAUUAUGCACCAAAGAAGGAGAUGCCGAUUGCAAUUCAAGCGAUGGAUGAAGCAGUUUAUCAAAGACAUGUUUCACCUCUGGUCGGAACAGAACACCCGUUGCAAGUACUUUCAGCAGACGAUGCAGCUUCAGGAGACUGUCAAGCUCUAUGAGAGUGAAAUAGAGGCAAUCAUGACGCGUCUACAUGAGGUGGAGACUGACCUUGAGUACGAAAGGAGCAAGAACUUGCUGGAAUACCGCGAACAGGCGAUAGUAAAAGAGAGGGAGAUCGAGAGGAUAGAGCAGAAUUGUGCGGAGAAACUUUCUGCCCACCUCGAGGAGAUCAAGAUACUUGAAGCUGUCAAUAAGAACCUGACGGAGAGAAACAAGGAGCUCGAGUCAGAAGGUUCCAACAGAAAGCUGAGCCUUGUGAAGGAUCGUCCGAUAGACGUCUGUGUUCCGGAUGCUGCCCAGGAUACAAAAGUCAUGCAUGAGAUGUCUAUACAUCUCUCUAUCACGAUCUACAAGGCGAGGAUGACGAAACGCAUCGUGUUUGACAGCUUUCGAAGUUUGACAGGGAGCCCUAAAGCAAGGAUGGGUGAUUUCUUGUCAUCGCUGCUCGAUCGUCGCACUCGUCAGCUUGCCUUUCAGUGCUGGUCUACAGCCAGGAAUCUCAGCAGGAACUUGCUCGUGAAAGCAACUCGUUGCAAGUCAAAGUCUUGUGACCGCACGCUACUGGUUGCGUUGCAGGAUUGGAGGGGAUUGUGCCGGGCGAAGAGGCGGGAGGAAGGGAAAAUCAUGAGAGUGCGGAGGAGAAACUGUGAGAAAGUUCUGCGAUGGAGCUUUGAGAAAUGGAACGAGGAGCCUGAGAGCAUCUGUGAGAUGAGAAGCCAGCUGGUGAGGAAGGAGGCGGAGGUAGCGGAGAGGACAAGAGACUUGCAGGAGAGCAACUCCAAGUACGACGCGAUGCUGCUGUCCAGACGGCGAGAGAUGGACAGGAUGAGGCAGGCGGCAGGGUCCCUGGGCUUCCAUGCCCAGAAGAAGGUUCCCCUUCUUCGUGCGAUGACAAGCUGGAGGCUGCAGGGCAUGCUAAAGUUCCUCUUCUCCUGCGUGAAGCUCAAGGCAGCGGCGAUGGGAAGGAGGAGUGUUUCGAGGAGAGCGCUUCAUGCCUGGGCGUGGGAGGCGCUGGGGGAGAACGAGGAGGAGCAAAGGAGGCAGCAGGAUGGGCCUGUGCAGAUGACUCCUAAGGAGCAGCUUCGUGCGGCAAGGAGGAUGGUGACGUCAUGGGAGCGGCUGCAGCGGAAAAUCUUCUUCAAGCAGACGUUUCUAGGCGGCAGCUUUAUCCGAUGGAUCAACGAGCUGGCUCUACGAGCCUUCAGCGAGUGGCGGCAGGGCUUGAACUCCUCCCUCACCCGCCGGCGAGUCAACCUAGGAGGGUACGUCUGA